CAUAUCGUAUAAUAGCUAAUACAACGUGAUGAGGCAUGGCCCCGGUUCCACGCAAUUCAAUAGUCUUUUUUAGGUCCAUUGACUGACGUGGGAAUUUCCAUGAUCAGUCUCUGUCAAUUUCUUACACAAGGAGAAAUUCCAGAGAGAGAGCAGACCACCAGGGGAGGAAGAUGGGCUGCUCGUUCUCGGGACUGAACGCGCUCUACGACGCCACCAACAGCGGCGAGGACGUCUGGAUCAAUGAGAAUCGCUACAGAAUCAUCAGGCAGCUGGGCGAAGGUGGAUUCGCCUACGUCUACCUCGUCAAGAUGCUCCCCAUCGCAUCCCCUCAUCCCUCUUCUGCUGCUUCCAAGAAAUUCAAGGACCCUUCUCACGUCUCAGAUGAUGGAACUUAUGCAAUGAAGAAAAUCCUUAUUCAGAACAGCGACCAGUUAGAGGUGGUGAGGGAGGAGAUCCGUGUGUCGUCUUUGUUUAGCCAUCCCAAUCUGCUUCCACUUAUUGAUCAUGCUAUAAUCUCAAUUAAGCCGGUACAAGAAGGAUCUUGGAAGCAUGAAGCAUACUUGUUGUUUCCAGUUCACUUGGAUGGAACGUUACUGGACAAUGCCACAGCUAUGAAAGCUAAGAAGGAGUUCUUUUCUACCCCAGAUGUUCUUCAUAUAUUUCGGCAGCUUUGUGCUGGGCUGAAGCAUAUGCACAGUUUGGAUCCUCCGUAUGCGCAUAAUGAUGUCAAACCUGGCAAUGUCGUUGUCACAUAUAGAAAAGGUCAACCACCUCUUGCGAUAUUGAUGGAUUUUGGAAGUGCUCGUCCCGCGAGAAAGCAAAUCCGUUCUCGUUCAGAGGCGUUGCAGUUGCAGGAAUGGGCAUCUGAGCACUGUUCGGCUCCUUUCCGAGCUCCUGAGUUGUGGGAUUGUCCAAGCCAUGCUGAUAUUGAUGAAAGAACUGAUAUCUGGUCAUUAGGAUGCACUUUAUUUGGAAUAAUGUAUGGUGUAUCUCCAUUUGAGUAUGCACUUGAGGAACCCGAAGGAAGCCAACAGUUAGCCAUUGCAAAUGCACAGAUAAAGUGGCCAGCCGGGCCUAAUCCUCCGUACCCAGACACUCUUCAUAAAUUUGUGACAUGGUUGCUUCAGCCCCAGGCGACAGUUCGGCCUCGCAUAGACGAUAUCAUCAUUCAUGUUGACAAGUUGAUCUCCAAGUUCUCUCCCUGAAGAUAUGCUGACAAAGAAAAUUGGUUGGCUACUUCACUCGUGUAUGUACGAUCCACAUUUCAGCCUAUUCGGUAAUCAAAGUCCUUACCAUGCAAUUUUACUUAAACGUGAUAUAAGAUAAGAAACUAGCAAUUUGCUGUUAUCGUGGCAUAGAUUUUCGAAGUACAUUUGGCCACAGUGCAAUGGUUUUGAAAUUUACUGUAUUACUCAAUGGCAGCUGUUUAAUUUAUCACCCCUAAUUUGUUUCUGUUCA